AUGCCUGGCGCAAUCCUCUCACCCUACAAGCAGGUCCCGGAGACCAAGCAUGAUCUUGAUUGGGCCGAGCUCGUUACUCUCGACCUGAGUGAAUUCGACAGGCCUGGGGGAAAGGAAAGCCUCGCAAAACAGCUUGACCAUGCUGCGCAGCAUGUUGGUUUCUUUUACGUGAAAAACUUCGGUAUCUCGCAAGAGGAGGUUGACCGACAAUUUGCGCUUGGCCGUGAAUUCUACGAUCUGCCGCUGGAGGAGAAGUUGAAGUACCACAACAUCAAGGAUCUUGAGGGCGGGGAGUACAACGGCUACAGACCGGCAGGCUUGAGACAGCUUACGGAGAACGUUCGCGACAACAUCCAGGUUUAUAACCUGCCCAAGUUCGACGGUCACCAUCCCCGGGAACACCCUCCAGUCCUGAGAGAUCACAUCAAAGAAAUUGAGGCCUUCAGUCGCAAGUGCCACGAGCUGGUCGUUAACAAGUUGCUGCGCCUUUUUGCAAUCAUCCUGGAACUUCCAGAUGAAGAGCAGCUAGUCAAGCAGCAUGUUUAUGACGACAAGGGCGAGGAUCAUCUGCGGUACAUGCACUACGCCGCACGCAGCCCCGAGGAAAACAAGAAGGUUGGAGAGCUUUACGCACCAGGUCAUACGGACCUCGGAAGUAUAACCCUACUCUUCCGUCAGCCAGUCGCGGCGUUGCAGAUUCUGAAUUCGAAGAACGAAUGGAAGUGGGUCAAGCCGCAGGAUGAGACCAUCACCAUCAACAUUUGCGACGCUUUGUCCGCCAUAACUGGCGGCUAUUUCAAAUCCAGCAUUCACCGUGUGCGUACGCCGCCGGCCGACCAGGCACACAUCGACCGUCUGGGAGUUCUGUAUUUUGCACGACCGAACAACCAUGUUGUCCUCGACCCAAUCGAGAACAGCCCGCUGUUGAAUCGUCUGGAUUUGAAAUCCAACCCAUUCACGGAGCUGGGUAAGCACUUGACCACCGAAGAGUGGGUGAAGGUCCGCCAGACGCAGCAACAGCGGCGUAACAAAGCGCCGCCAAAGAUCAGUGAGGACGGAAAAUAUGAGUACGAGAAGAAGGACCUGGAAAUCAUCCCUGGUCUUCACGCGCAAAUUCACAACUAG